AGCGGCUAUUUGCAGAAAUAUUGCAUGUAUCAGGACCGAAUGAAAAUAACGUGACCUCUGACGAUAAUUUUAGCAACACUUUCACCAAUUUUCAUUAAAAAACAUGUUGUCUUUCAUCCGACGUACAUAUGGGUUAUCUUCAAGAGCUCCAGAGGUAGGUUAGUCACAUUCUGAGGUGAUAGUUAUGCCAUCUGAUUUCUCAAUACUGUUGUAAUCAUUACCUCCCAGGUAUUUAGAGUGUCUGGACGGGCUGGAAGAUGUCAGCCUGCAGCAGUCACUAGAUGUUACGCAACAGAUGGUAAAUAGUUGUAAUAGUUAUUUACUAGAAUGGAAAUUUUAUAUAUAUCUUCAUUAUAUUAUCAAACUUAGUUAUUAGUUAUCUAAUAAAGAUCUUGAACAUUUAAUGAUUAACUUUAAAAUUUUACAGUACUGCUGAUGGGAAAUUAUUAUUAAGUUCGUCAAGGUUAUGAUUUUGACGAUAUUGCAAUGCACUGCAGUGUAAAUAUAAAAUCGAGAAUGAAUUGACUUGCCCCCUAGCCCAUAAAAAUGAAGUUAAUUUGUCAGUCAGUCACUAUGAUUUCAGUUUCCUCUUCAAAACUCAAAUCUCCAAGAAAAAUCAGAAAACUAUUAACUGUCUGGAAUGUGAGUUAUCCUGUGGAAAAUUAUGAAGAAAAUACUAUCUUAAGUUUGAAGGAUACUGAAGUCACAUAUAACUCAAGUUGUUGGAAAGAAGCAUAUUUUUGUGUGCACUACAUGAUGUCUUUUAUUCACAUGUCUUUUAUGGGCAUCUUGAGUUGCAUAUCAGGUUUUCAAGAAGGAGAGGGUAUGUUUUUUUUGGUAACAUAAUGUAUAUUAGGUUUUAAAGAGAGAAGUAACAACACUCUUUUCUGUUUUGUUAUCAAUGGUCUUUUGAUGUGUUCGGUGGGCUUUCCUUUCUUUUUAAUAUCAACCUUGUUACAGACAAAUGGAUCUUAUAAUCUUUGAUUAUACCCAGUUUCAUGAGGUUGAAUAUGUGAUACACAGGUAUAUCAGUCUUAAUAGAUGGUGAUAGUAAAUUUUGAAUGAUAUUUUAUUACAUUGUUUAGGGGAAGUCGAUCUGGUAGUGAUUGGAUCAGGUCCUGGGGGAUAUGUAGCAUCCAUCAAAGCAGCCCAGCUUGGGAUGAAGGUUUGUACAGAAACAUGAACUGUUUUAAAAAUGACAAGGAAAAUGUUGCAAAUUAAUUAGUAAAUUUUGGGAAGUUUGAAUGCAAAAUGCUUUGCAUGGUUUUAAUGCUUUGCAUGCUUUUGUUUUACAGACAGUUUGUGUUGAAAAAGAAAAGUCAUUAGGAGGAACUUGUUUAAAUGUUGGAUGUAUUCCAUCAAAGGUGAGUCAAUUUGAAAAAAUAAUAUUCAUAUUAGAAGAACUCGUUACAGCAUAUUCCCAAAAAUUGAAACAAAAAAAUUGAUCAGGUAGCAGGAGCAGCCUCUCAGGUGAAUCUACCCCCCUCUUUAUUUGUCAAGGACAAGUUUUUUUUUGUAUUGAAACAACUUAAUAUGCCCCCAAAUUUCAGUACAAUGUCAGUGUGGUGUAGGAGCACCCCCCUCCUUGGUAAUUUAGCUUUGAAUUCUCGCUUUUUUCAUAUUUUUCUGUUGUAACAAGUAAAACAUGGCUUCAUUUUGUUGUUCAUAAUAAAAAAUAGAAUAUAUUAGCAAAAAAGAUUAAGUUUCUUUCAAACAGAAAAAAAAAUUUGAACCAAUUUUUUUCAGACUGCUAUUUGUUAUUGUACUUUAAGUGGUCUUAGUUAUGAUUUCAAUUUGAUUGCUAAUCAAUUUUGAUUGCCAAUAAUAGUUUGUUUCAAUCAUCAUUUACAGGCAUUACUGAACAACUCACAUUUGUAUCAUCAAGCUGUUACUGCUGAUUUCAAAAACAGAGGAAUAGAAGGUUGAUAACAUUUACUCUAUGAAUAUUACCAUAAACUUUUAAUGAUGAUUAAGAUAUUUAAACUGGUUAAUGAAUGAAAAUGUGAUUUCCUAUCUCCCUUUAAUUUUACAGUGGGUGAAGUAAAACUCAAUCUCGAAAAAAUGAUGGAACAGAAAACAACAGCUGUAAAGACACUAACAAAUGGAAUAGCUCACUUAUUUAAACAGAACAAGGUAAUGGCCGGAACAAUAUUAGUGCUGUUGUUGUAUCCACCUAGUGUAUCUACCUAGCUUUCAAAAAAUGCAAGUAUUGCCAAAGUUAGCUUUUAAAGUCAUGAAAUUAAGAGAUCCUUGCAGCUAAGAACACUACUGAAAUGAGCAGCUGAAAAUAGGACCUAAAAAAAAUUCAGGCCCUUACAGGACUGCAAUACCAGUGCAGCGCUCAACCAACUGAGCUAACAUGCCAAGUGGGAGCUGGUCAAUGUGUUGGGUUCUAAAUAAACCAUCCAAGUCAUGUUACCAGAAUCCUCUUAGGAAAUAUUACUGUCAAUAAUAUAUCAAUCCCACAAAUUCUCUUUGUGGGUCAAUACCUGUUAACAGCACUAGGGAACAAAGUUCUUUGGACCAUUUCUCAUGAUCAUUGUGCUGAUGAUUUACGAUCUCUCUCACCCCUCUGUCAAGUCUCUCUCCUUAUCCCCUUAUCCUCAUAACCACCCUUGUUUGUGGCUAUGUGUAGUUGUUACUCCACCCUACCUAGGAGAAGCUGUACACUACUGUUGUUAAUAAUAUUUACUAUUAACCCUUUGACCGCUAAGAGUGACUGGCAUCUAAUUUCUCCUUACAACUUCACCCUUGAAUCACACAGUAUGGUCAUGAGAAUAAAGGAAAUGAUAUCAAAUAAUUAAGCUUUUGAUCAUCAAACAAAUUCACAUUAUCAGCAUCUUUGGAAAUGUAUAGAGAACAGUAAGGAGAAUAUGCAUACUGAUGUUUGGGAGUAAAGGGUUAAUAUUCCUAAAUGUAUCCUGUUUUACAGGUAACUCGCAUAGAUGGACAUGGUUCUAUAUCUGGAGCAAAUGAGGUGAGACCAAAAUAACACUCUUCCUCCUCUUUCAUGUGAUAGAGCAAAAUUAAGUGUUGUUUUCUAAUUUUUUCAUCAGCACAUACUGCUUGGGAUAGGUAACAUUCUGAACAUGUUAUUGCCUGAAAAAUUCAAAUCUUGACCGCAAAACAGAAAUAGUGUCUUGUGCAUGUAUCUGCAUUUUCCUAAUCUCCCUUACCCAGUGUUAAUGAUUUUCAAGGUGACAGUUCAUAAGGAGGAUGGCGGCACAGAAAUUGUUCAAACCAAAAAUAUCUUGAUAGCCACUGGAUCUGAAGUGACACCCUUCCCUGGAAUUGAGGUGAGCAUAAAAAACCACUUGUUGCCACAUUCAUGGAACUCAUUGAAGUUUAUUUUUAAGGUCAUGUAAAACCCUUGUUUAAUAAUGACAUCAUGCUGGUUGGAAACAAGCUGCUGGUUGGAAACAAGCUGCUGCUUUGAAAACAAUAAUCUUUUGUCAGAUUGACUAAAAGAUCCCAUGUUGCUGUGCCUCUGUUCAGUGAUGGAUCACAGAUGAUGUCAAAAUGUGGUGAAAUCGAAAAAGUGGCACAGAAAGUGUAGCAGAGUAUGCUGCUGAUUUUCUUACCACAUUUUGAUGUUACUUUUGAUAUAUUUAAAGGUGCACUGCGACGUGUAAUAUAUUUGUGUGAUAUAAACAUUUGUUCAUGGUGAUGUCAUUGGUACAUCUGUCCGUCAAUAGAUCAUAAGAUAGCACCAUUCAUUAUGUGUGUUUAUAUUCAGCUCAUUGUAUAAUGCAUGCUUUGUUCCUGUGGCACUAACAAAAUGAUCCUGAUAUCAUGAUGUUGUUAUGAUCUUUUCACAGUUUGAUGAACAAGUUGUCAUAUCCUCAACUGGUGCCCUCUCACUCAACAGAGUCCCAGAGAAAUUAAUUCUUAUUGGAGCAGGUGUCAUUGGGGUUGAAUUGGUUAGUUGCUCACACAUUUGAGAAAUUCAACAUUCUCUUUAAGGCCCAAUAAAAUUUUUUUUACUUCCAAAAGAAAUGCUUACCUCAUAAAUGCAUAAUUGUUUUCAGUCAUGUGACAGUUGAAAAACAUAUUAUUUUGCCAUACCAAUAUGCUGUGGCUGUGUCUUCUACAAAAUUCUGUUUACUGUUGAUUGUAUAGACAACAGACGUGUGCCUAAGAGCUACAUUACUCUUCUUAGACUACCAUAGUUGAAAGGAAACUAAAAGUUUGGCAUGUAAAGAACUGUACAAGUUUGGGCAUGGUAUUUAAGGUUGCAAUGUUACUGGUUUGUUUUCAAGGGUUCAGUUUGGUCAAGACUUGGCUCACAAGUGACAGCUGUUGAAUUUUUGGGACAUAUUGGUGGUGUUGGUAUUGAUAUGGAAGUCGCGUAAGUUGAAAUUGCUAUUUUCAGUAUUAAGCUUAAUGUUUUCUCUUUGCGUGGCUUUCUUAGUGAUACAUGUAAAUAACUUCCCAGUGUUCUCCAAUUCCUUCAGUGGCACAGCAUGCUUAAUGAGAUAACUAUUUUGGUCCUUUCCAUCUCCCCCAUCUUUCCAUUUGAAACUCCUUUCAUUUUUUCAUAUUUUAUUAUCAGUAGGAUGACUUCUUUCAUGACUCUUCAUUCAUCUGUUUAUCUUAAUAUGAAGAUUUUCAUUCUUUUUAACCCUACUCAUAGUUAUUGAUGUUUUACUUUUGUGCCUUUAAUAUUACCCAGGAAAAAUUUCCAGAGAAUUUUGCAGAAGCAAGGGAUAAAGUUCAAACUUAACACAAAAGUGACAGGUAAGGUUCAAAUAAAAGCGGAUUAUGAAGUGAAUUCACUGUGGUUAGAAGAAUGCAAAAUUAUUUUGACUUCUUGUAAUCGAAUUCAUUCAUGUAAAAACAGUAACAUUUCCUCUGUUUAUCGUUCAGGUGCAACAAGAACCGAAGAUGGAAUCAAAGUGAGGUAACAGUUAAAAAAAGAAAAAAAACCUCCUACUUAAAUAAAUUAAGCUUUGAUUCGCGACACAGAAGAGUCUAAGGACUGAUUCUUCAUGAUGGAACUUUCAGUUGUCUUUUGUUUUUUGUUACAGCGUGGAAUCAGCCAAAGAUGGUUCGAAAAAGGAAGAGGUACCAUUGGUGUUUGGCCUUGUGAAGUUUGACGUGUUGCUUCUGUGUGUUUAUCCUGCUGCUGUAGUAGCUAACUAAUUUGGGAAUUUGCUUUUCAAUUUACAGCUUGAAGGCGAUGUUCUUUUAGUAUGUGUUGGAAGAAGACCUUACACGACGAGAUUAGGGUUGGAGGUCAGUUUUGUAGACUAUUGAUUGCUAACACUCGCUUGUAAUUGAGCCUAACACUUCAACACCAGCAUUUUUUAUUUUCCAAACGUUGCACCUUACCCUUGCUGUUCGUCUUUAACUGUAACUAGGUAAUUUACAUUGAAUUAAUAUUAUUUGAGUUCCAUGUGCUCUGCGGAGUUUGUAGCGUGCUGAAAAUUUUCAAAGCGCACGGGACAUUAUAAACUUAAGUGCGAUGGAAUCUGUUUAGUUGUCACCACCAAAAAGCGUCUUUUACUAUUAAUUUUCCUUUUUAGAAAGUUGGUAUUCCUCUUGAUCCUCGCGGCCGGAUUGUUGUAAAUGAAAGAUUCCAGUCUAGCGUUUCUAGGUAAGACAUGUUCGUAUCCUACUUGGUUUUUUUGUUUUUAUACAAUAUGUUCUCUUCUGCUCGAAACGUCAGCUUUAGAAACUAUUUUCUGCGGCCAAUUUACUUUAUCGACUUAAAUGAUGAAACAAAAUUAUCUUUUUUAUUUGUGAAUCCGUCUGUCCUUUUUGACUGUCUCUUGUCUAGUCAAAGACAUUUAUUCUUUUUGUCUGUGGCAGCGUCUGUUCGUCUCUUUUUCUGCUGGUCUUACAGUCUUACUGUCCGCGAAUUUUUCUUUUUUUUCCCUGUCUGUCUUUCCUAAUUAGUACCGUCUGCUUGUCUGUCCCUUGUGUCUAUCUCCUCUAUAGGCAUCCGUUAAGGUUAAGACACAAAUCGUUAUUCGUGAGUGGCUGUAAAGUUCCAGUCGCCACGAACUUUUCUAUCGAACGAUAUCUUUUGGUAUAACGUGACAAGAACCUAAGUUAUCUUCAAGUUCUUAGUCGUAAUGUAUCUGUUGUUCUCUCAGUAUAUAUGCAAUUGGUGACUGCAUUCAUGGACCAAUGUUGGCACACAAGGCUGAAGAUGAAGGUUUGUUUAAUAUCAUGAAUUUCAUUUCAUUUUAGAGCGCUUAUGUGCGGAAUUAACUUAUUUAUGGAAUUAACUUUUCCAGGUAUCAUAUGUGUGGAAGGCAUAGCUGGUGGCGCAGUUCACAUCGAUUACAACUGCGUACCGAGUGUGAUUUACACUCACCCCGAAGUGGCCUGGGUCGGAAAAACUGAAGAGAUGCUGAAAGAGGAGGUAAACUGUUAUAAAAGACAAAUUUCUAAACGCUUGAAUUACGGAAACUAAAGAAAGCGCUUCUAUAUAUUUCUGGUCUCUCGUGUUACUGUAAUUAAAUGACUACCGUUCCAGCUUUCCCACACUCCCAGACACAUUAGUUGACACACUACUGCCUUCCCUGCCCUUCUCAAUGUUGGUCUGCGAGAUGGCAUAGAAGCAUCGGCGAUUAACAACAUUGGAUAGGGAGAGGAGUACGAGAAAACGUUCUUCUGGAGAAUUGUUACAACUAAUUAUGUCAGGUUCGAGUUCUGCGCUACAGCAAUCAGCUGGAGCAUUGAUAUACGCAUCUCGUGUCUUCUUCCUCGAAGACUUCUCCGCUAAAGCACUCUGUCACAAUUUUGUAUUGAUGUAAACCAUGAUUGGCGUAAAUUUAGAAAUCUCUCUCUUCUCUUACUUUUUAGGGGGUGGCCUAUAAGGUUGGCAAGUUUCCUCUCUCAGCCAACAGCCGAGCGCGAACAAACGCCGAGAUUGACGGACUGGUGAAGAUUCUGAGCGAUAAGGAGACUGACCGACUGCUGGGAUGCCAUAUGGUCGCACCAGUUGCUGGAGAAAUGAUCAACGAGGCUGCUCUUGCAAUGGAGUAUGGGGCGUCUAGUGAGGACAUCGCACGAGUGUGUCAUGCACAUCCGGUAAGGGUUGAAUCUGAAAGAGCAGGGGGUGGGGGUGUUUCAGUUGAGAGAUUGUUACGCCAGGAAUAGUGUGGAUCGGGUUUUCAACGCCUCGGUCACGGCGUUUUAUGUAUGUUGAUUAUGUUGUUGCUUCUUGUUCUUCUAUUCAAAACACUGACACGCAAACAUCAAAUUCGAUCUGGAAAUAAAAUGGAUGGAAUUCCACUCUGUGGAUUUGUCAAAUUUCGGUCCAAUUUAAUGUCAUGGAUUCUGCCUCGCGUUGAAUUUGUGAGGAAUUUCGGAGUAAGCUAUCUUGAUGUAUAUUUUAAAUACGAUUCCUGAUCGGUUCUGAACGUGCAGGAAAUUCGUCUAAAAGCUUAGCCGAAUUAACUGAGGAAUCUUUGUCAAAUGUUUUACAUUGCAAUUUUAUUUCUUAGGGUAAUCGCUGAAGUCUGUACCGCACUGAAAUAGUAUGGAGACAACAUUUAUUUCCAUUUUCUUUGCAGACUGUAUCAGAAGCCUUCAGAGAAGCUAACAUCGCGGCUUACGCUGGAAAAGCCAUCAACUUUUAAACUUCAACCACGGCAAGACAGACGAUCUAUUAUUAGAGAAUUUAUUCUCUCUCAAGUUAUACUGAUUCGUGUUAAAAAAAAAAAAAAAAGAACGCCCUUCUGCAGUGCAGAUAAGAAGUUGUACAGUUUUAAUAUUCAAAGUUCCUGAAUAGCAUGUCGGAAUCCCUCAAUAGAAUUAUGCGUUUGUAACAAAAUACGGGACUGCAUUCGAGUUUUAUCCGAGAAAUAAAGUGGAGAGAGUUAUUUGUUAAUUUGAGAAUUGAGUGCUCUGUAAGCGAAUUGCUGCUUUCCUUACUACUGACACUUCGCUCGAGUUAAUCAAUAGGAUCUCAGGAUGUUAUGUAUUGAGAUAUCAAAACAAUAAAAUGUGAAAAUUCUAAUGGAUUCACCG